AUGGAUUCAUCAAGAAAGGCCAUGUCCCAGUACCCAAGACAUCGUAGUCAAGAAAAUUUGGAUAGGUUCAUCCCCAAUCGGGAGGCUAUAGACAUUGGUUAUGCCAAUGCUGUGCUGACAGAAAGGAGAACAGGCAAAGUGAACCCAGUUGAGAGCUCUGCAUCGACUGUGGCGUACCAGAAGCUAUUGGCUGAGACGCUCAACAUGAAUCGGAGAAUUCUUACAUUCAAGAGCAAGCCUCCUGCGCCUAUUGAACUGAUUCCGAGGGCAAUGUGUUCACCCCCAAAUAAUAAGGCCAAAUCCAGGACCAGGAGACACAUUUCUCAGACAGCAGAGAAGAUAUUGGAUGCUCCCGAUCUCUCUGAUGAUUUCUAUUUGAAGUUACUGGACUGGGGCACAAACAACAUCCUUGCAAUAGCUCUUGGAAGCACGGUUUACCUAUGGGAUGCUUCAAACAGCUCCACCUCAGAGCUUGUUACAGUUUCUGAUGAUGAUGGUCCUGUUACAAGCCUUAGCUGGGCUGCUGAUGGAAGGCACAUUGCUCUUGGAUUAAACAAUUCUUGCGUUGAAUUGUGGGAUUCUAUCUCUGUUAAACUGUUACGAAGAUUGAGGGGUCACCAUGAACGAGUAGGUUCAUUGGCAUGGAACAAAGAGAUUCUCACAACAGGUUCAAGGGAUGGAAAUAUCAUCAACAAUGAUGUAAGAGUUAGAUCCCAUAUGGUUCAAAACUUCUUGGGCCACCAGCAGGAGGUUUGUGGACUAAAAUGGUCUGCCUCUGGCUGUCAGCUAGCAAGUGGAGGUAACGAUAGUCUGGUUUUCAUAUGGGAUAGGUCAUUUGCCUCUCGAAAUGCACAGUGGCUUCACAGGUUACAAGAUCACACUUCAGCAGUCAAAGCCCUUGCUUGGUGUCCAUUCCAAGCGAAUUUACUAGCCUCUGGUGGUGGUGUAGGGGAUGAUACAAUUAAGUUCUGGAAUGCACACACGGGCUCCUGCUUAAAUUCAGUCAACACAGGCUCGCAAGUGUGUGCUCUACUGUGGAACAGCCAUGAACGAGAGUUGUUAAGCUCUCAGGGCUUUACAGAGAACCAACUCAUCCUCUGGAAGUACCCGUCCAUGGUGAGGUUGACAGAGCUCAGUGGUCACACUUCUAGAGUGCUCUAUAUGACGCAGAGCCCAGAUGGGUGCACCGUUGCAUCUGCAGCGGACGAAACACUGGGGUUCUGGAAUGUGUUUGGGAUCCCAGAAGUUGCCAAGCCUGCUCCAAAACAAAGUCUGAUGCCAUUUUCUCCCAGGUACAACUGCAUUCGUUGA